AUGGAUACUUUCUGGUGCCCUGGCUGUGAUAAGCGUAUUGAUACUGACUUGAGCGAGUCGGAUUUGUAUUGCUCCGUGGAGUGCAAGAUCAAGGAUGCCAACCCUGAAACCCAUUCAAGUUCAUCAUCCAACAACACAUCCACUACCACAAACGGUGUUCCUGAAUUGGCACUUGGCAAACUCAGGGAGCUUAAGCGAUCCAAAUCGUUGCGUCAACAACAUCGUCCUUCUUAUCCAUGGAUCCCUCUCUAUCGACGACGUCCCGUGGUAUCACGACGUGCAGCUGUUACAGCAAGCUCGGCAGCUACAGCACAAGGUCUUCUUUGUCGUAAGCCCGCUGCUGCUGCUGCUGCUACUGCUUUUCCACAACAACAUCAACUCUAUGGCCUAUUGGCAUAA